UUAGCUCCGUCACCCAUUUCGCCCCAUUUUUUUGCGGGGGGUGGAGAGGGGGCUGCCCCCCCUCGCCCCAGGGCCCCUGUGGCCCCGCCACCUCCGCUAGGAAACUUCUCCCUGGCUGCCUUUCUGCUUAGCCUACCUCGCGGGGUUGUUGUUGCAAAGCUGGUUUGGUGGUUUUUCUUUCUUUUCUCUUUUUAAAAAUCUAUCACUGUCUCUGUUCACCAACGGAGUAAAGAAACUUGCUUCUCCAUGGCUGCUUCACCUUCCUUUUUCCAUUCGGAGCCCCUAGCAACCUUAGCCAAGCCUGUGAGCGUCACAGUGCUGGAAGGACGUGACUUGAGAGGGGUCAAAGGAGAUGGGCCAGUGACAUAUGUGCGGGCCGAAUACAAUGGCGUCGUCCUUGGCGACUCCCCGAAAGUGGAUUCUGCUCCAGAUGGAAUUGCGAAGUACAAUUUCACCGCCACCUUUGAUUGCCUACCUGACGGGCCACACUAUUUGGAUGACAUUGCACAUAAACCAUUGCUAUUCACUGUGAUUGAAGUCUUACCAAAAGAGAAGAAGCAGAAAGACGAGAAAACGGUGACCCUUGGUCAAACCGUGAUGGACCUUCUACCUCUACUGGAAGGAUCGUGUGCAUUUAAUGCAACGCUUCCAGUGUACCCUGUGCCUGGCUCUCCCCUGGAGAGCCUCCGACCAGACGCCAAGUGUGGCAUCGAUGUGCUCGUUUCCGUCCAGGAAAGUCUGCUCUCUCCUUCUCAGCUGUCUGGCGGCAAUCUCCUGAGAGUGACGGUGGAAGCUGCUUACUCAGUGCCAGAAGCCUUUCUUCCCACAGGACCCCAGUACAACUACAUGGUUGGCUUUCAAGUGCCAGCAGUCGGAGAGAAAGAAUGCCCCUUCAUGUUCAAGAAUGGGAUCCUGAAGCUUGGUGGUGAGAAAGAGCCAGUGCCCCGUCCGAAAAAGUGGCCGUUUGGCAACAUCUUAGCACCUGGGGCACAGAACAUUCCAGAGUCCUUUGUCGUUGGUGGUGGAUACGAGGAGGAGGAUGGAGACCUGAAUACACCUGAGGAAAGAGAUGCCAGGAUUCAGGGAGAAACUCUCAAGAAAAGGAUUGUGUGGGACUUGGAAAGACGCUGUUACCUAGAUCCUCAAGCUGUGCUCUGUUUUCGAAAGCGGAUUGCAGAUUGCCGGCAGUGGCCCGUGGAAUUCACCAGAGUCCCUGUCGCCACUUCUACCAAAGCCAAAGGGAAAGCAGACAAGGGAGGAGGAGGAGGAGGUGCAGGAGGAGACGAAGAGCCGAUUUCCUUCCACGGCGUGGCUUUCGUCAACUUAGUGCCUUUGCUGUAUCCUGGGGUGAAGCGCGUACGGGGAGCAUUCUGGGUUGUACCCUACCAUGACAGCGAGGUGUAUGAAAAGACCAAGUGUCUCUUCAGCCUCUUCCGUGACGUCGGCCAUCUGGCCAUCCUCAAUAGGUCUGGGCCAGUUGGCAUGUACACCCCGCAUACCAAAGGUGUCCUUGGGAAGAACGUGAAGGAGGACAAGCCUUCCAGAGACCCAACACUGAGAAAGGCAUCCACUAUUGUGAAACCCCAGGUGUCCGAAAUUCUAAUAGAAGCCGCUGUAUCUGUAUGCCAGAACCUGGAAGGACAGCAAUAUGUGGAGGCUGGGACGUUUCUGGUGAUGGAGUUUGUGCUGGACAAAGCUUUAGUGCCCAAGCGUUUGCCGGAAGAACUCGCCAGCCGGGUGAAGGAGAUGAUUCCUCCGCGUCCUCAGCUGCCUCGAAGGACUGCAGGAGCAAAGAAGGCAGUGGAAGAUUACCACAAUCAGAUCACCAGCAUUGCGGGAGCCAUUCUGGAGGAGUACCACGAGCUGUUUGGCAGGCACUUGACCGAAGGUUAUACGGUUGACAGCCAGACACUGGAGGACCAGAAAUGCCAACUCAACUAUGAGCUGAACAAUUCAGGGAAAUAUUUUGCUUUUAAGGAACAACUCAAGCAUGCCGUGGUGAAAAUUGUGAGGGAGAAGUACCUGAAGACAAAUGCGUUUGAAAACCUUGACCAACUCCAGACUUUUCUCAGCGAGCUGUACGUUUACCUGGUGGAUCAGAUGCAUGUUGCUUUGAAUCAGGUGGUGAGCCACCAGAGCCGCAGCCCUCCUCCGCCCACCUUCACCACCAGCGAGCAGCUUCUGCUCUUUGCCCACGAAGCCGAAACGAUUGGAGACUACACCUUGGCGUCGACUUACUACCAGGAGAGACUGUCUCGCGACCGCCAGGAUAUCCAAUCCUGGCUGGAUUACGGGGCCUUCUGCCUGCUGAUUGAGGACAACCUCAAAGCCCAGGAGUGCUUCCGUGAGGCUGUUGCUCUGAGUUCCAAGCACCUGCACAGCCUCCUGCUCUGCGGGAUCAUGGCGGUGAUGCUGGAGCACUACGAAGAGGCCGAGGUCUUCUUUGAGGAUGCCACCUGCGUGGAGCCAUCCAGCGUCCUGGCCUGGACGAUCUUGGGCCUGUUCUAUGAUAUCCAGGAGGAUGACAUCAGGGUGGAGAUGGCUUUCCACGAGGCCACCAAACUCCAGAAGGCUCGUCUCGCCAAGGAGAAACCACCACUGGACAGCACAGAAGGGCGGAAGCGCUUAUCCUCCUCUGCUUCGGGGAUGCCAACUGUAACUGUUGGUGGGGAAGAGCAAAUUUCCGAGGAAGCUCCAGACACCUCCCUGAAACCCCAGGUGGACGCUCCGGAGCCAAUCGCAAGCAGCCAUCCUCCAGAAGAAGAAUCGGUGCCCAAGAUGCUCAAGCGGCCAUCAAUGGCUUCCAGUAAAUACAGGAUGAGCCGCAAAGACGUCUCAAAAGUUGGUGGGGUCACCUUUGAUCUAGACGCCAGCUCAUCUGCCUCACAGCCCACCAUCACUAUCUUCAUGGAGACGAUAAGCUUCCUGAUGGGGGUCAAUGCCUUCCAGUUUGUUCACAGGGCACUAGCGCACGAACUGCUCUGCCCUCAAGGGGGGCCCAGCUGCGACUACUACUUGGCGCUGGCAAAGACACACUUGCUGAAGAAGGAAUACUCCAGGGCCAAAGACUGCCUCGAAAUCGCCGUCCAGAUUGACUUCUUGAAUCCAAACGUUUGGGCCCUGAAAGGGCAUCUCUGCUUCCUGACUGAGAACUUCAGCGAAGCCAAGGACUGCUAUGAGCGGACCGUCAGUUUUGUGACAGACGCCAAAGACAUUCAUUUCGUGUACCUGCGGCUGGGAUCCAUCUACCUGGAAGGGAAGGAGUAUGACAAGGCAAAGUGCACGUACCUGCAAGCCUGUCGGGAAGCACCUACCUGUCUCACCUGGCUGGGAGUGGGUAUUGCCUGCUACAGGCUCAACGAGAUGAUGGAGGCCGAAGAUGCCCUCUCUGAGGCCAACGCCCUCAACAACAACAACGCUGAAGUGUGGGCAUAUUUAGCUCUGGUCUGCAUGCAGGGUGGAAGGCAGCUGGAGGCAGAACAGUCAUAUAAGUACGCUGUCAAGCUGGAAUUGGACAACAAAGAUCUGCUACAGGAGAUCAAAGAGGUGCAGUUAGCCGUUGGCUUUGGCGACCCCUCUUUCUGAACGCCUCUGAUUUAUGACAUCGCUGCCGCUUGAAGCUGCCCUGUGAAACAAUUCAGCAUGACCCAAUGGGAAGAUGUCCCAGGCUGCCAUUCAAUCUGUAUUGUAAUGCCCAGAUGUUGACACUGGUCAAAUCCUGAGUUCAUUGUAUAAGCGUCCUAUGUGUCAGAGCAAGGAGGGUACCCUUUUCCUUGGCCCAACCCACCACUCAUGGCAACUAGCUAUGUGAAAUGCACAACUUGUGCCUUCCGUAGUUCUCAUCAGCCAUGUGGUCCAAAAAGGACCUACACUGGCUUCCUGGACUGUAGCUGAAAGCAGCAGCUUGGGAGUAAGCAAUGAAACAUUGUCUGUGGUGUCCUCUGCAGGCUUACAUGGGAGUAAGCACCAUUGAACCCCAUGGCACUUGCUUCCACGUAAAUGCAUAGAAGAUUGGGCCACAAACAUCACUGUUUCUGACCUAUGUAUAUUCCUACAUUAGAUUUUGGUUCUAAUUUUUUGCUUUUGUUUUAUAAGUUGCCUUAUGUAUAAAGUAAGAAUGUGGAAUAUAAAUGUUUAUGGUAAAUGCAUUUUUUUUUAAAAAAGCGUGCACCUUGUUUGUACACCUAAAGUAGAAUGUGUGAGCGGCCACACAAGGACCUUUUCUACUUCGCAAAACAGCUUUUGGUGCAUAUACCAGAACAGACCACUUUUGAGGCUUUUCCUAUAUUUUCCUAUAUUUUGCUUUGGAUUCUGUGAGUGUGCAACCAAUGUUGUAAUGCCUGGGUGCAAAAGCAUCAUGUGAUGAAGCGACUUUGAGUUCCCCUGUUGGAUUUGUUAUGGAAUUUUAGAUGCCAUGGGGUUAGUUUAGAAUGGGUGUAUUGGAAACAGAAUAGGAUUGCAAUUCUGCUGUAGAUGUAUCAGCCAGAAUAUCUUUUCCCCUGAUUUUGGAACUUUCCCAUACAAUGGUGAGAAGACCACCAGAUAGUUAAGAACUCUCUGACCUGUGAUUUGAAAAUUACUAUUGGAGCUGGAUUAUUUAUAAAUAAAUGGUCAAAAAGCUAUAAAA